AGUGCGUUGUAGCCUCUUACCCACAAACGCAAACUUUAUAGCAGAUGUAAAUUGUAACACCGUAAAUAAGCAAGCAUGUACGGCCAACCGAUCAUCGUUUUGAACCAGAAUACCAAGCGAGAGUCUGGAAAGAAAGUCCAGUUUGGCAACAUAAAUGCUGGCAAGGCGAUUGCAGAUGUGAUCCGAACAUGUCUUGGUCCAAGAUCCAUGCUGAAGAUGCUCAUGGACCCGAUGGGAGGCAUUGUUAUGACAAAUGAUGGCAAUGCUAUUCUGCGAGAGAUAAAUGUCCAGCAUCCUGCAGCCAAGUCGAUGAUUGAAGUAGCCAGAACACAGGAUGAAGAAGUGGGGGACGGAACCACAUCUGUCAUUAUUCUUGGUGGGGAGGUGUUGUCAGUGGCAGAACCUUUCUUAGAACAGCAGAUGCACCCUACAGUCAUAAUCAGUGCUUUUCGUAUGGCACUGGAGGACCUGCUGGAAACACUGAAAUCCAAAGUCAGCACACCUGUUGAUAUAACGAAUAAAGAUGAAAUGAUGAAGAUCGUCAAAAGCUGCGUUGGAACCAAGUUCAUGAGCAAAUGGUCUGACCUGGCUUGCAAGAUUGCCCUUGAGGCCACAGCUACAGUCGCCUUGGAGGAAGGGGGCAGGAAAGAAAUUGACAUCAAGCGCUAUGCCAAGGUGGAAAAGAUUCCAGGUGGUACAAUAGAGGACUCCGAGGUGUUGACUGGGAUCAUGAUCAACAAAGAUGUGGUUCACCCCAAGAUGAAGAGGCGUAUAGAGAAUCCCAGAAUCCUUCUGAUGGACUGUAACCUCGAGUACAAGAAAGGAGAAAGCCAGACAAACAUUGAAAUCUCAAAGGAAGAAGAUUUUUCUAAGAUCCUUCGCAUGGAGGAAGAGUUCAUUGAGAAGAUGUGCAACGAUGUGAUAGCGUUGAAACCUGACCUGAUCAUCACCGAGAAGGGUGUGUCUGACCUCGCCCAGCACUAUCUCAUCAGGGCCGGAAUCACAGCCAUCCGCCGUGUCAGGAAGUCGGACAAUAACAGGAUAGCCAGAGCGUGUGGAGGGACAGUUGUCAACCGUACAGAUGAGUUGAGGGAGGAGGACAUGGGCACAGGCUGUGGCCUGUUUGAGGUGAGGAAGAUCGGCGACGAGUACUUCACGUUCCUCGUGAACUGCGAGAACCCGAAGGCGUGCACAAUCCUGUUGCGUGGAGCCAGCAAGGACAUCCUCAAUGAGGUGGAGCGUAACCUGCAGGACGCCAUGAACGUGGCACGUAAUGUGAUGCAGGAGCCCUUCCUUGUGCCUGGGGGCGGCGCUGCUGAGAUGGCACUGGCUCAGGCGCUAAAUGAGAAAGCCAAGAGUAUCACGGGUGUUCAUCAGUGGCCAUACAGGGCGGUGGCGCGGGCUCUAGAGGUUAUACCCAGGACCCUCAUCCAGAACUGCGGUGCCAGUACCAUUAGAACACUCACAGCUCUUCGGGCUAAGCAUGCCCAGGCAGACAGCAGGUCCUGGGGCGUGGACGGGGAGACGGGUAACAUCGUGGACAUGAAGGACUACGGGGUGUGGGAACCAUACUCAGUGAAGGCACAGGUCUACAAGACGGCCAUUGAGACUGCCAUCCUGUUGCUGCGUAUUGACGACAUUGUGUCUGGCACCAAGAAACAGAUGGAUGCCCUGAAUGCCCCCUCUGGUGGAGGUCACAGUGCCCCACCCCCACAGGGUGGCGAGGGGGGUGAAGAAUAAUCUCCACGGCAACCUGAACUUAUAGGACUUUAAUAUUAAACAAAUUGUCUACAACGUGUACUUGUUUAAUUUAUUUGUAUUUGAACAAAAUGUGCUUGAUAUUGGAAAGGUUUAAGUAAGGCACCAUUGUAAUUGUGUUCGGUUUGCAAUAAGAUAUUGUUAUAGUGUUUUCUUUGAAUUAAAAAAUGAAGGUAUUUAUGAUUGAUUUCCUUAAAUGAUCAUGGCAGGUAAAUGAAGAAACCAUUUGUUUACCUUACUGUCUAUAGCAUUAAUGCUUAUUGAAUAUUUUAUCAUUUUAAAAUGCAAAAUGGUUAUGCAUUAUACUGAAAUUGUCACACAAAAGUAUUCAUUUUAUUGUACUAACAUAAAACUGUGCUUUUUUAGCAUUUUUGUAAUAAACAUUUGAAGCUUG